AUGAAAAAAAAGAUAUGGGACCUUUAACAUAGCCUAAUGUUUUAUUGUUCAUACCACCUUGUAAGCUACAAUGUGCUUUGGCAUUACUGUGUGUGUGUGAGAGAGGGAGAGAGAGAGAGAGAGAGAGAGAGAGAGACCCUGAGCGGGCAUGACGGCUCUUGGCUCUCUGACAGGAAACUUUCCUCUUGUUGCUCCCCAGCUCCUCAGCAGCAGCAGCAGCAGCAGUCAGUCAGUCAGUCUCCCUCCACCGCUCCUCCAGCCUCAGUCUGCUGCCGUCUGUGAUGCACUUGCCUGGUCUGUUGCGGGCUGAGACAUGACUCUCCAUCUCCAUUCAGCGACAGCUCGUCACUGAAGACAACCGAUAGUAAACCGCGGAGACUUUUCUACGACCAAACUCUGGAACUAAAUGACAUUUCUUCUUUUCUUUUAACACCCCGGACACGAGGAUGGAGACGGUGUUUUACCUGCUCGCCUGCUUCACAUUGACCCGGGUUAGUCUGGGUCUUGGAUAUGCGGAGAGCAGUAUCCAGACUACUGGACAGAGAGCGGCUAGCAGACACAGGAACUGGUGUGCUUAUGUGGUGACACGCACUGUCAGCUGUGUGAUGGAGGACGGGGUGGAGACGUACAUCAAGCCGGACUACCAGCGCUGUACUUGGGGCCAAUGUCCUCGAGUUGCCUACCGGACAUACAGGAGGCCAAGGUAUAAGGUAGCUUACAAGAUGGUGACAGAAAUGGAGUGGAAGUGUUGCCAUGGUUACUCUGGGGAAGAUUGCCAUGAUGGGCCGAAGGGAAGCGGCGACACUCAGGUCUCCGGGGGGCGACCCCGCGUCACGCAGACAGGCUACAACACAGGUGGCGGACAGAGAGGAGAAGGUGACAGUGAAAAGAUCAGACAGAUGGAGGAAACAAUCCGCGGUCUGACCAAAGACCUCCACAACAUGCAGACCACCAUCAACGGCAUCAACCAGAGGCUGCCUGGUCUGAACGGGGCAGUCGUUCCUGCUGAUUCAGCUCAGCCACACAUGAAGGAAACCAUCAACAGCAUCCAGACCAAGCUGGAUCACCUCUACAACAGGACACAGGUCCAUGACCAGACCCUGCUCAACAUCAACAACCACCUGGUGAACGGAGGGGGCAAUGAACUGGAUGGAGUGGCCGGAGGAGGAGGAGGAGGAGGAGGAGGAGCCGGGGGAAACCAGCUGAACACUCUGAAGGAGGAGAUACUGACGGAGCUGGAGAGAAGGGUGUCUCUGUCCUGCUCUUCCUGCCAGGCUGGUGUGGAGGACCUGAGGCGCCAGCAACAAGAGGACAGGGAGCGGAUCCAAGCCCUGGAGAAGCUGAUCAGCUCCAUGGACCAGCACCUGAGGCAGAGUUUGGACGUCUCCCGCAGCGAGACCCAACGCUCCCAGGCCUGCUGCAACACUGUCACCGAGCUGGAGAAUAGGCUGUCCGGCCUAGAGGUCCGUGUCACAUCCACGGCCAACAAGUGCGACACCAUCAAAGGGCGGCUGGAUAAGGAGCUGGCCGGGACGGGCGGAGGAAAGGGACGAGUGACGGAGGACAGAUUGAACGGCAGACUGAGGGAACUGGAGAAGAGGCUGAAUAACACGGUGAGGAAGACGGAGCAGAGGUGCACAAACACCGGUAACAACGUGAAGGACGGCGUCCAGAGAGACGUCACGCAGCUGCGCAACACGGUCCAUGGUCGGCUGGACGACCACAGCUCCAGGAUUGACAAGAUAGAGCUGGACGUGACUGUUCUCGGAGAUACGGUCACCGACCACAGCCGGCGUUUGAGUAAGGUAGAGAACGUAACAACCUUCCUGGACAGGAGGCUAACGUCGAUCGCAAACAUGUGCAACGAGACCUGCGGGCCGAACGGAAAAAGCCGCAAGACUGAGGACACCGUGAAAACCUUAGAGUGGAGAGUUGUGGCCAACCAAGAGGACAUAAAGAGGUUUGACACCAGGUUGGAUGAUUUGUCCGUGUCGGGUGACUCGCUGGCCGACAGGGUGAUCAACUUGACAGACGAUGUCAAAAAGAUAAUAGCCGUGACGGGGGAGAGCGGCGAGAACUUCAACCGGAUUGUCACGGAGGUAGAGAUGUUGGGCCGCGAUUUGGAGGACUGUUCUGUUUGCGGUAGGGUAGAGGAGGACCUGCGCUCGCUCGCCAACUCCACCAAGAGCGGCCUCGGCAAGUGCCAGGCCGAGCUAACGGACCUGCGGAGAAAGGUCGACUCGGGAGAAUCCGUCUGCUCUCAGGUGUGCUCCAACCUCCAGGAGGAGGUGGGGCGACUCAGAGAGGAAGUGGAGGAGUGCACCGGUCAGUGUAAAAUCGGCAUAAACGAUAUGAAGAAACGCCUCGACGGUCACGGUGUCCACAGCGGGAGAUUAGGAGGGGAUCUGAAGUCCAUCCAAGGAGAGCUCGCCGGGGUCAUGGUCACAUUUAACUCCAUCAAUGACACUCUGAAGGGCCUGGGGAGGACUGUACAGACGCAUGGGAACACGCUGACUGAUCUGACCAACAUCAAGGACAACAUCAUCUCUGAGGUGGACGAUUUGCAGAAGGAGCUGACGGAGCACGUCGACGACUCCAAGAUUCAAUUCGGCGGUCUGGGCGACGAGAUCCAAAUAAUUAGGAGCAACUAUGCGACGGAGGUGGGGGAGUGCCGGCGCUCCAGCGACGGCCUGGAGAGAAGACUCUCCAAGCUGGAGGGAGUGUGCGUACGCCUGGACGCUUUCUCAGACAGCCUGGAGAGGAUCAAGGAGGGCCUGAACCGGCAUGUGUCUGGGCUGUGGGUCUGGGUUAAUGGACUCAACGUCACGCUAACGUCUCAAGGAGAUCUUAUCGACGACAUCCAGAACGUCCAGCUGGAGAGCGUCCGCUCCGACGUGCGCGGGCUGAACUCUUCGCUGGUGGACUUGGUUGAGGAGUUUCACAGUUUCAUAGAGCAGGACUUCAUGGGUCCACCUGGUCUGACGGGCCCCCGCGGAGAGAGGGGCGAGCGUGGAUCCCAAGGUCCUGUAGGACCCCAAGGGAGGGUGGGACUCCUAGGCAGAGAGGGCAAGCAGGGACUAGCUGGACCCCCAGGUCUCCGAGGUGAACAGGGUCCUGCAGGGUCCGAUGCCCACGUGCCACGCCUUUCUUUCUCUGCUGCGCUGACUCGCCCGAUGAGAAGCUCAGGAACCAUCGUGUUCAACGAGCUCUUUGUCAAUGAAAAUAACGUCUACAAUCCCAGAACAGGUUACUUCACUGCUCCAGUGAGCGGGAAGUACUUCUUCAGCGGCAUCCUUACGGGCCAUAAGAACAUGAAGAUCGAGGCCGUGCUCUCCAAGUCCAACACCGGCGUGGCCCGAGUGGACUCGGCUGGGUAUCAGCCCGAAGGCCUGGAGAAGCCCAUGGCGGAGGCCAAGCACAUCCCCGGAGCUCUGGCCGUCUUCAACAUCAUCCUGCCCAUGGAGGCGGGCGACACGGUCUGCAUCGACCUCGUCAGCGGCAAACUGGCCUACUCCUCCGAACCGCUGACCAUCUUCAGCGGGAUGCUGCUGUACGAGACCAUCUGAUUGGAGGACGCAGCGUCAUUGUAAUCAGUCUCUUUGGGUGAACAUUUCAACACGAGAGCGUCUAAUUUGUCUGCUGGACUGUAAGAGACAGAGCAAACGGCUGAACAGACAAAGAGCCUGAAAUAACUGGACUGGAUUCAUUCAGCAAGGAGAAGAAAUACUUUAUAUUUUACUUUACGUGCUAAGAAGGAAAAAAAAGUCCUUUUCAACCACAAUCAUUUUUUUGUGUGUUUCACAGCUUUAAGGAAAACAAUUUUUUACAAGAGCCAUUGUGUUUUUUAUACCGUGACGCAGAUAAAAGCCAUUGCAGGGUUAUCUUAUAAUUCCAUA